AGAGCUGUGGCUCAAGCCAUUUUGGCCAAGGUCUGCCAGGGGACGCAGGCCUUCAGGUGGGAGGCGCACAUGGGAGUCCCGAGGGCUGGCGAAGAGGAACUUUUCGACUUCGUGUGGAGCAGCAUAGAGAAGGAGCCCAGGGUGCGCAACGUCUCAGACGAGCUUUCCUUGUGCGAGUCAUCCUCGGCCAGUGCGGCGGCGCCAUCGAGGCGGCGGCUGCGCGGCAAGCAGCCAGCAGCUCACAGCGGCACCAUCACUCUGGUCUGCGUGACGUGCCGCCGCCUGGUGGGCAAGCAGCCGCCGCCGCAGCUGCCCGCGGGAGCGGGCGGGCGGGCGCGGCGGGCUGCCGGCGGCCGCGCGGCGGGCGCGCCGAUCCGCGGCCACUACGACCGCCUGGGCCUGCGGCGGAGCGCCAGCGCUGCGGAGGUGAGGGCGGCGUACCGCCAGCUGGCCCUGGCCACGCACCCCGACAAGGGUGGCGACUCCAGGCUCUUCCUGGAGAUCACCGCGGCGUUCGAGGAGCUCUCCGACGAGGGGCGCCGGGCGGCGUACGACCGCAGCCUGGACCUCUUCAGCAGCGGGGACGGCACGUUCGAGGGCCCCCCUGGCGGCCUCGGCGGGGCCGCGCCCGCCGCUGGCGCGGGCGUGGCGGGACGGCGCCAGGCGCAGUACGGCGCGGCCCGCAUCAUCCUGGAGGCCCUGCUGCGCCCUGCUGGCGCAGGGUCGGCCGUGGCCGAGGCGAAGGCCUGGGCCGAGCAGCUGCAGGCACUGCCGGGCGCGGUCCUGGAGGCGCUCUGCGACCUCGUGCUGUGCGGCGGCGCCGCCGGCUCCCCGGGCGACGGCGGGAGCGGCGCGUGCCAGCCGCCUCACGGCCGCGGCUCUGCGUCCCAGGGCGGUGCCACGCGGAGGGCCAGGGCGCCGGCGGUGAGUGCAGGUUGCAGCGGCGGGCGGCCGCGCUGCAUCCACUGGCAGAAGGGCAGCGGCUACAGCGUGCACGUGUCCUGGGCGGGGCUGAGCGUCAGCACGCCGGGGACUCCGUCGCUGGCGCAGGCCCUGGACUGGCAGAUCGCGCUGGCGGCUGCCCAGGGUGCGGCGCAGGCGCGGCUGCGCGUCGCUCGCGCCCGCGCGCCGCGGGGCCUUCCGCCGGACCCGCUGACCGAGUCGGAGCUCGGCGCGGCUCUGGAGGCCGAGCCGGGGCUGCGGCCGACCUUCUCCGUGGCUCUCGGGAGGCCCGGCGCAGGCAGUAAGG